GGAACCCCUGCACCCAGGCCCCCACAUUCUAGUGCAGCCCCACCUCAGGCUCACUUUCAGGAGACUUCUGCUACUGAAAGAUGUUCCCUUCCGGCUUUCCCAGUUUCGAGCAAUGCCAGGAACCCCAGGGAUGCGGCUGCUUCGAAUGCUGGAGACGUUGGUGCCACCGUCAAACCCAACGCCUCAGGGAGUUUUUCAGGAGGCGCCGUAGGAGCUCCACAUGGGACAAUGGGUGGCGGCAGAGGCGGGAGGAAGAGGACAUCCCCCACACCCCGGUGGUGAUCAGGAAGCAGCCCAGCACAGCUAACGGAGGCCUGCAAGGGUUCAAGGCUGAAAGGGCCUCAGCCCUGAGAAGGAAUCAGAUCUGCCCAACCACCCCCAGCCGGAGGGAGCUGCUGGAGCAGCAGGUAGAAGAACUGGUGCCUGCCUUGCUGCGCUUGGACAAUCCAUUCCUAUUUGAAUUUCUAAAUGUUUGGAGGAAUAUGGCACCCCUGAAGAGGUGCUGGACCUGCUGUUUGCAAAGUAUCGAUACAUCAUACAUUCUUGCAAGAAGGAAGGAAUCCUGGACCAGUGGGAAAUCGCCAUGUCCUCCUUCCUGACCAUCUGGCUGGACUACUAUGAGGAGGACUUCCACGAUCCCCCAGAAUUUCCUGCCCUGACAAAGCUGCUGAAAUUCACAGGGCAGUACGUGCCAGGCUCAGUGCUCGACUGUCGUGCCGAGUGCUACCUUUCGCGUUUCAUAAACCUCCAUCAAACGGAGUUUGAGGGUGGAGAUGAUACUGUCUUCGGACCCCGAGCAACACCGUGAACCACCCCAAGAGCGCGCCCGAGCCCCGACUCUGGGGCCUGCUGCACCUUCAGGGUCUCAGGGGAUGGAGCUGGUCCCGGCUGCUGAAGCUGAGGGCUCGGCCCAAGCCCUGAUGCCAGCUGCCGUGUACAGGUAAGACACAUGGCGGUCAGACCUCUGAAUCCCUGUCCCGACCUGGAAGAACCACCUGCACCCUUGGGAGCCCUGGAGGCCGAACAGGCCCCACCACCGGCUAUUGAGGUCAUCGAUGUGCCGGAGCAGCCGCCUCACUCAGGGGAGCAACCGGCUUCGGACCCGGAGCAACACCCGGAACCACCACAGCAAGAGCCCACCCGAGGCCGACUGUGGGGCCUACUGAAGCUCCUGGGCCUGAGGUGAUCGAGCCGGUCCUGGCUGCUGGUGCUGAGAGCUAGGCCUGGGCUGAGAUACCGGCUGCUGAGGUCAAGCCAAGGUACCUGGUGGUCAUACCUCAGAUUCACUGCUCCGACCUGGAGGAGCCACCUGCUUCUUGGCCACCCCAGAAGGAGGAGCAGGUCCCUGCGCUGGCUCUCGAGUUCAUCAAAGGGUCAGAGCUGCCACCUGCCUCAGUGGAGCCACCAGCCUCCGCCCCCGAGCAGCAGCUCGUGAUGGCUGCAGCACAAUUGAAGCCUUCCCCUCCCCUUUCGUUGUGCUGUUUCUGUAUUUUGUGUUUUUCAUAAUUGCUUCAUGAAUUUUAUUUGUAAUAAAGGAUAAG